UGGAAGUUUUAUGCUCUUGCUGCUGUUGUUUUAGCAAUCCUGCAAUGACAAAUGCCACUUCAGAGGAUGGUAGAAAGGCAAAGCCAGAAGGAUUGACAAUCUGUAACACAAUUGACAACCCUGAAGUUGGAAUAUUCACUCAUGAAGCGAAGCCUUUACCUCUCCCAGAGACGAUCGCUGUUCACCAGAAUGUACAAAAUACAUGUUGUGGUUCUGCAAGCUCAUGUGCUGAUAAAGAAGACAAGGAGUUAUGCAAGAAUGAAGUUCCACAUUCCCCAGAGAUUCAUAUAGUGCAAUUUGAUUAUAUGGCAAGGAGCCAUGAGGAGCUGAGUGUGAGAGAAGGAGAGUGUCUGGAAAUACUCAGCAAAGAAGGGGAUUGGUGGCUCGCUCAGAAAGUUUGGAAAGGUUCAAACAAACAAAAAAAUCCCUGCUCUGGGUUUGUGCCUGUUGAAAUACUUGCAAAAGAGAAGAGCUUGGAGGGAGAACCCUGGUAUUGUGGAAAAAUGACCAGGUUUGAGGCAGAAAACCAUCUCCUUUCUUCCAAUCAAAUUGUUGACAUGUUUCUUGUCCGCAAAAGUGAGACAUUUCAGAACUCAUAUGUAUUGUCAGCUAAAAAUGGAGAGUCGAUCACUCAUGUUGUGAUUUUACAAAAAGAAAAUGGUCGAUAUUACAUCACAGAAGACAGAGAUUUUCACAACAUUCACGAGCUGAUUGAAUAUUAUCAACAUAAUACAAUACAGUAUGAUACUCGAUUAAACAGACCCAGCAAAAAGAAAAAGCCAUCACUUCGUCACUUAUCAUAUAACACAGUGGACAAAUGGGAAAGACCGAAAGAAGAAUUUACUUUGAUAAAGUGCAUAGGAUCUGGUAAUUAUGGAGAAGUGUGGAAAGCCAUCUGGAAUGACAGUGUACCUGUUGCAAUUAAAAUGUUGAAAGAAGAGGUUAAAGAUUCCAGCAAUCUUCUGAAAGAAGCACAAAUUAUGAAGAACUUCCAGCAUGAGAAUCUGGUCCCCCUCUAUGCUGUAUGCACCAUAAAGCAACCUUUCUUCAUUGUCACUGAAUUGUUGAAACAUGGAGAUCUCUUGAAUUAUUUAAGGGAAUCUGAGGGUUGUUUUACAAUUGCACAGUUAAUUGAAAUGGCAAUUCAGAUUGCUACUGGAAUGUUGUACCUUGAAUCCAAACAAUAUAUUCAUCGGGACUUAGCAGCAAGAAAUGUUCUUGUGGGAGACAAUAUUGUUUGCAAAAUUUCAGACUUUGGGCUUACUAGAUUGCUUAAGGAUGCCACAACUGGUAGCAUACCUGACAGUCAACUUCCUAUUAAAUGGACAGCUCCAGAAUUAGCAAGUAUGAAUCAAGCUUCGCUGAAAUCUGAUGUCUGGUCUUUUGGUAUUCUUCUGUUUGAGAUUACCACAAAUGGGAAGAUACCAUAUCCUGGAAUGACAAAUAAAAUGGUCUUAUCUGAACUACUACAAGGCUACAGGAUGCCAUGUCCAAAUGGCUGUCCACAACCCAUUUAUAACAUUAUGAGACAAUGCUGGAAUGAAAUUCCAUCUCAAAGGCCAUCAUUUAGUAUACUGAAACUACAGCUUGAAGAGUUCAUCAUAACCAAUUACAAUCCUCUGUAUUAACUCUCUUCAAAAUGAGGAAAGUGUUUAUUUAAAGCUACGAACAAAAGAAGAUAGGUUUCAAAAUGUAUUGGACUGAAUGGUGCAGGAUGAAUGAAACUAAUUACAUGGAUUGUUAUAGAUGGAAAUUGAGAAUAGCUUGUGGUCACUAUUAAAUGUGCCAUUAAAUAUGA